GACUACUGAGAAAAAUAUAAAGGCGUUUCAGCCUGUCAUAACCGGUAAUAACUCACUGGUUUGGGCUACUAUAGCGCAAAUGCCGCUUAAUUUGGCUACUGUAAAUAUUUACAUGUCAUAAUAUUCACACGUUUAUUUGAGAAAUACACGCUAAGGAGUGGGCUCAGUGCGACCAUGGCUGCAUCAGUGAGUCUUGACUUGGACCCCAUUUUCCUAAAAGGACUGGGAUACUUGCACUCAAAGAGCAAAGACUCAGCAGAUAAACUCAGGGCUCUGCUGGAUGAGUCUCUAUCAGGCAGAGGGAGUGACUCCUCUUACCGCUCAACACAGAAGGAGGUUGAGGUGACAAAGGUGUCGUCAGUGUCCAAGAUAAGCCUGAGUAAACAGGACUCAAAGUCCUCCUCCAGCUCCUCGUCGUCCAGCAGCAGCAAGUCCAGCAGCUCGGAGAAGAACAAGAAGGAAGUGGAGAAGAGGUCCUCAGAAAAGGUGAGGGCAGAGCCAGGUGAAGGACCUGAGCCACUUAAGAAGCCUCGUCUGGAGCCUAAACAGCAGGAGAACCGUUCAUCACCUGUCACGGUUCAACCCUUUAGAGACAUCCCCCUACCGGACUUCUCCAGCUUCGAUGCGGAGACCAACGCAGAUGACUUUGCCAUGGAGAUGGGUCUGGCCUGUGUGGUUUGCAGGCAGAUGACAGUGACGUCGGGCAACCAGCUGGUGGAGUGCCAGGAGUGCCACAACCUCUACCACCAGGACUGCCACAAGCCCCAGGUGACCGACAAGGACGUCAACGACCCGCGGCUGGUGUGGUACUGCGCCCGCUGCACGCGGCAGAUGAAGCGCAUGGCCCAGAAGACCCAGAAGCCUCCCCAGAAGCCGGCCCCAGCAGUGGUGUGCGCCGCCCCCGUAAUGAAAGACCCGCUGGUGAAGAAACCAGAGCUUAAGGUCAAACCCGACACAGCCACCACCUUCCAGGCUUUCAAGCGGACUGAGGUGAAGACUUCUGCAGCGGUAUUAGCCAACCCCUCAGCCAGCGGCACCUCCUUGCAGUCAGGUAGCGGCCUCACAGGAUGGGCCGCCUUCGGCGCCAAGACCUCCACUGCGGGGCCCGGCGCCGGCGCCAAACCCGGCUCGUCUGGGCCAAGUGGGGGAAGCAAGGGCUCCCCUGCCACGACCCCGCCGGCCCAGAAACCCGCCGGACUCUUGGGGCUGACGGGCUCAAAGUCAGGAGGCGGACCGGUCGGCGGCGGAACCAAGGCGCCCGGAGGCAACGGCGGCAACGGCGGGAACAGUUCCGGCUCCUCGUCCCUGAAGCCUCCUCCGCCCCUGACCCUGGGAAAGCAGACCCUGAUCCGCUCCUCCAGCGGAGAGAACCAGGGGAGGGGGACAAGCCCGGGGUCCUCCCCGAGCGGGUCUCAGCCCGGCCUGGGAGGCAACGGCGGAGGGCCCGCGGGCAACGGAGGAGGGAACGGUAACGGGUCGAAGGGGGCGUCCGCCACGUCCCAGGAGUCUCAGCUCAACGCCAUGAAACGCCUGCAGAUGGUGAAGAAGAAAGCGGCACAGAAGAAGCUGAAGAAGUGAGUGGAACGAGAGGAGCGAGGACGAGACAGGUUUGUAUGUGAAACGUGGUGGCAAUUGCCAGAGCGUCGUAUUCGCUGUAACAUGGAUAUAACGUCGUCCGGUUGAAUACUUGAAUUUCACUGUAACGUACGAAAUGCUGCUGGAGCUCUGGUGAAAGCGGUCUGUGGUAACAAUGUGCCUCUUUGUUCUGUCAACUCAACCACGUCACUGAAAUUACUUCUUUUUUUUUUUUUUUUUUUUUAUGGAC